CAUGUACAUCGGAGUCGGUGGACUGGCGGCGUCAGUCAGCCACGGCGCGCUACACCCACCAUGGCUUCCAGCGCACUAGGACUCCAGCGGCAGCUCAGACAUGGCGCAUCCGGCCGCGAACGAAACGCUACUACUGACAACGUACCUUGAGGAUUCUUCACAGCCGCUAUGGGUAAUCAAACGAUCCAAUCUUGGUGGCAGAGGAUUAUUCGCAACUCAAUCAAUCAAGAAAGGAACCCUUAUCUUCAAGAAUAAGCCUCUUGUUGUGGCUCCGCGGGCCGACCUUGCUGGAGACACUUACUGCUCCGUUUGUUACCAAGUCAGUGCUACCUGCUCUGCAUGUGAACGAUGUUACCAAAUGACCUGUUCCGAAGAAUGCAACACAUCAGUAGAACAUAAAGUUGAAUGUAACUUCAUAACAAGUAAUUGGAAACCGAAACCAGAUUGUGAUAACUACAGCAAAGUUCUAGCGCAAAUGCAAAUUUAUUUGCGCUUCUCACUGUUAUCCGAAGAACGAAAGUUAAUGUUAUCUCUCUUACAAAACUGUAAUAUUGAUACAAAAUUCGAAGAACUUGAGGAGUUAUGUGCAAAAUAUGUGAUAUUAGAGGAACAGGUUUCUUUCAUACGUUUUAUUCACUCGAUUAUUAAGAUAAAUUCCUUCAGAAUUGCUAAUAAUCCUCAAGAGAGAAAAAUCGCGUUGCGCGGGUUGUAUCCUUUAUCGGCAUUCUUAAAUCACAGUUGUAUGCCAAACACUCGAAAUGUGUUCCACGGUGACUACACAAUGGCUGUUUACGCUGCAAGAGAUAUUGAAGCUGGUGAAGAGAUCCUGACGUGUUACACGGGACUUCUGCUGUGUACUCCUGCGAGACGAUGUCAACUUUAUAAAACAAAACAUUUCUGGUGCAAGUGUGAAAGGUGUAAGGAUAAUACAGAGAUGGGCACAAAGCUGUCAGCAUUGAAGUGUUUCAACAAAGAAUGUGUGGGGAUCCUGCUUCCGAUGUCGCCUUUGGACCCAAAAGUGGAUUGGUGUUGUGAUAACUGUGCUGCCAGAUUUCCAUGUGAUAAAAUAAGUAUGAUACAGGGCAUCCUUGGCAGCUUGGUUGGGUCUCUGGACCUCGAUGACCAAUUCCGCCUCGAAGCGGCUGUCUUAGCAAGAUUAGCUAAUUUCAUCCCCUACUCUAAUCACAUUUUCAUCGAUUUGAGACUGAGAUUAGCACUGAAAAUUGGAUUCACUGAAGGACUGAAGCUUAACGAGCUGUCGGAGUCUCGCCUGGCGCUGAAAGAGAGUCUGUGCCGCGGCACGCUGCGCACGGUGGCGGCGCUGGGCGUGGGAGACGCGCACCUGCGAGGCCUGUUGCUUUACCACCUCCACGCCGCACUGGCAGAGCGCGCCAGGCGCUCGCCAGACCUGUAUGAGGAAAUCAAAUGUGAGAUUGAGAGCACCAUAGAACAAGCCUACAAUAUACUCCAAGGCGACAUUUCCGCGCCACCAGACCUAGAACUGAGGCGCCGUUAUCUUGGUCCAGGCUGUGAUAAACCCCAAGAAGAAAGAUUCUUCAUCCUCGAUGUUUAAUGUGAUAGACAAUUUAUCUAAGUUUAUUUUGUACGUAAAAAAUGUUUGAUGAUUUUAAGAUAUGUUAAAUAAAUCAUGAUUGACCUAAUUCAGAAGAUUUUAAUGAAGCAAUGAAAAAUGCAAUGAUUUUAGAGGAAUAAGCUAGAUGAAUGAUACCUACGUUUGAAACUACUACUAGUACCUAGUAGUAACUACUUACCAUUUAUAUAAAUAUUUUUUGAUUGACCUUACCAGGGAAGUCAUACGGUGCUACCCUCUAUUUUAAUCUGCCCCAUCAAAAAAUAAAAUAAAAUGUAGG